AUGCAUCUCCCAAUCACGGGUAAUCUUCCUGGAGAUCUUUCAGAUGAGGAGAUUGCAGUUUCUAACAUCUUGACAACUGCAAUGGAAGAAGUGAAUAAGGCGUCUGGAAGUAAAGGAUGUUGUGCUUACUGGCUGACAUGCUGGUGGCCAAAAGAUGAGGUUUAUGAUAAACCCAUCGACGGUUAUGUAGACUUCUGGGAUCAACAACUUGAGCGGUUGCGUGAUUUUGUGAGGGUUGGUCAGCCUCCAGUGAAGGAUCCCCCUUCUACUGAGAUGAUUUCACAGGGCGGUCGUAAUGAGUAUUUCGUCAUGGAGACGGAGAGUGCUGAUACCCGGCCAUCCUCUGAGAAUAGAGACGAAAGCACUUUCAAAGAUUCGGAGCCGAAUAGAAGUAAUGAGCCUUUUGUCGUUAUCACAGACAAUCCCAAUUCCUUGAAUACUUCGGAGACCCCCCAAACUAUGGUGACCUCCAGCAGCAGCAGUGAUUACAAUCAUUAUUACUCCUCCAGCUCUUCUGAUGAGGAUUCCAAAGCUUCUGCAGUCGAAUCGAAAUCUAAGGCGAAUCAUGUUGAGGAGGCAAAGCCUAGUAUCCCCCUUAAUGACCGGAGAGUCACUUAUGCUAAGCUUAUGAAGAGAAAAGUCGAGGAUGAUGAGGCAGAGGAUCGUCAGCGUAGAAAGGACCGAGUCCGGCGCAAAAUACUAGCGGCUGAGGAGAAACAUCGGUUUGUUGACGGUGUACCCUCCGACUCUGACUAUGACGCUUCGGAAGAUGAACCCAUGUGGGUGCCACAGGAUCGUAAGAUUAAGACAGACCAGCGUACAAGAGAGCUCAAGGAGAUUGCGAAACAAGUUGAAGCUGAACUCGAAGCUGAGCAUAAAGCAGAAGAUGACUCGGACACGGACGAUCUUGACAUUCACCCAGACUUCAUCAAUGGCACUGACAGUGAUUCUGACGAAGAAGAGAAUUCUGAGAAUGAUGAUGAGCCUGACAAAUCUGAUGACUUUGACGAAUCUGACGAGUAG